AUGCAACAAAUAGCUACGAUCAUCGGGGCGAACGCCUACUAUGAUGGAAGCCGCGUGUUCACUUGGCUUGCCGAUAUGUGUGGCUUAUCGGUAGAUUUGGUUAACUUUCUCAUCACACAGUUUUUGGCAUUGAUUCUAGCUUCGGCGUUUCGCUCAUAUUUACAUCCGUCCAAGGUGUCGGCCAGUACCCGGCACGCAAUUGGGCUAGUAAUUGGUUUGUUUUUCGGUUACUUCUGCUUCGGUCAGCAGGCGAUCCAUAUCGCCGGACUCCCUGCCGUCUGCUAUGUUGUUAUUCGUACACAGAACCCCCAAAUCGUUCAACGGCUCGUUAUGGUCGUGGCAUUGUUCUAUCUAUCCUGCAUUCAUCUACACCGCCAAUACUACGAUUACGGAUCGUACUCGCUCGACAUCACCGGUCCGCUCAUGAUUAUCACGCAGAAGGUGACCAGCCUGGCGUUCAGCAUUCACGACGGCUUCACGCGCGAAAUGAACGAUUUGACACAGAGCCAGCAGCAGCACGCCAUUCGAAAGCUGCCAUCACCGUUAGAGUUUUUCUCGUACACUCUGCAUUUCCAGGGUCUGAUGGCAGGUCCGUUGGUGUUUUAUAAGGACUACAUUGAUUUUAUUGAGGGCUGUCACAUCAUAAAACAGACAUCCUCAAAUGCAAAGUAUGACAUCGAGAAAAAGAUCGUUCAUGAACCAUCCCCAGUGAAAGCUGUCGUGAAGAAAGUUGUCGCAAGUUUGGUAUGUGCUCUGAUCUUCGUAAAGUUCGCUACUAUAUAUCCGAUCAAAACGAUGAAAGAUGACGGCUUUAUCGAAAAUUCGGGCUUUUUCUACACCCUGUGGUUCAUGAUGAUGGCCACGACAGCGGUCCGUUUCAAAUAUUACUUUGCCUGGCUGAUGGCCGACGCGAUCUGCAACAAUUCUGGGCUCGGCUUCAAUGGUUAUGACAAACGAGAUGGUGUAACGCCCCGCUGGGAUAUGCUAUCCAAUAUUCAGGUGAUGGAGUUUGAGUUCGGUACCAACUUCCGGAACUGCAUCAAUGCAUGGAAUGCCGGUACCAACCGUUGGCUGCGCAUGGUCGUGUUUGAGCGAGUGCCAAAACGCUACGGCACAGUUCUAACCUUCAGCCUGAGCGCUCUCUGGCACGGAUUCUAUCCGGGCUAUUACAUGACGUUCGCUACCGGUGCGCUGAUAGUGAUGGCGGCGCGCAUCGCUCGAAAACUGUUCCGGCCGUCGUUCCAACGUACGGGCAGUUCGCGCGUAUUUUAUGACAUACUGACGUGUCUGGUGACACGCGUCUUCAUGGGUUACGCGACCUUUCCAUUCGUGCUGCUCGAGUUUAAGGCUAGUCUUCGUAUGUACCUGAAUGUGUUUAUGUGCCUUCAUCUAGUCGCUCUGAUCACUGUGUUUAUUUUAUCGAAAUACGUACCACGUGGAGAGGCCAGCAGUAAAGCGGUGAAUGUUUGCUUGGGCUCCAAACUUACAGCCGCCACGGACAAUCAGCCGACCGAUAUUCGAAGCAGUCAAAAUGAGGAUAGAGCGGAAAGUAGCGCAGUGGAAGCUGAAUGUAAUAAUGGCACUGGGAUUAGAUUUCGUGGUGGUGAAAAUGGUCGCCGAAGUGAUGUUUCCAGCUCCCGAUUGUCCUAUGCUGACUCCCAACAAUUGGUGCAUGAUGUAGUGGAUCCAUUCUGUCUAACCACCACUUCAACCACCAGCAACAUCAAUGGCAACCACAAAAAGACUGACGAUUUCCUGUCCGCAGAGGAUAACAACAACAGUGCCACUAUUACUACAACCACCACCAACUUCAACAGUGCAACCUCUACUGCUAAUGGAAAGAGCGGUUCAAAAUUGACGCGGGAGCGAAUUAAAGAGAAGCUGGAACAGGAGACGCGUAGUAUCGAAGAAUUCAUCGACAAGACUGUGACGGGUUUCGUCGAAUUGAAGGAUGAUCUGAUGCGUAUGCCGGACGAAACAAACGGAGGUCUGUACAUUCCUCGCAAGACGAACGGUGGCACCGGGCUAGCGAACGGUAAUGUAAAUGCGGAUGGUAACAGUAACACCACCACCGUAAACAGUACCACCACCAGCAGCAAUGCUUUCCUGAAGAAAGAGAUUGAUGCGCUGAAUGCUGCCGUCCAGCAGGUUAAUGUUUUGCCGGCGGUGUUGAGCAAUGGGCAUGCAAAGUAA